CGCAUGUUGUUGUAAGAAGGGAGAGAAGAUGGCGGUACCCGGGGUUUGUGCUUUCGGUUUUGGAGCUUUAUGGCUGCUGUUUGGCGUGGUGUCGGCUUCCAUAGGCUUCCUGAACUUAGAGGAGCUGACGGAGAUGAAGUACGGGAUAGAGAUUCUGUCGGAACCGGUGAUUAAAGGCCAGAGCAAAGCUGACAACAUUGUUACCAUCGCCUCUAAAUACAAGCAGAAUUAUGAAUGUAAGCUGCCUGCCGUGGCUGUGAAAUUUCAUCAGGAGAAGGAAGACGACCCUCAGACCUACUCAGGACUUGGAAUAUCUGAACUUCUGAAACCCAUGGAGGCAGCACCUUGUGUAACAAAGACCAAAGACUGGUGGACUUACGAAUUCUGCUAUGGAAAGCACAUCCAGCAGUACCACAUUGAAGAAUCUGAGCUAAAGGGAGACAUAUUGUAUCUUGGCUACUAUCAGUCUGAGUUCGACUGGAAUAAUGAAACUGCGAAGGCAUCGAAACAUCACCGACUAAAACGUUACCACAGCCAGAUGUAUGUGAACGGCUCCAAAUGUGAUGUGACCGGCAAGCUCCGAGAAACAGAAGUUAGAUUCGUGUGUGAAGAAGGCUCAGGAGACUAUAUUGCUCGUGUGGAUGAACCUCAGUCUUGUACAUAUGUACUAACCAUUCACACCACCCGUAUCUGCAAUCAUCCAUUUUUGCGUCCCCCUUCCAAUGGCACACCACAGCCUAUAAGAUGCCAUCCGGCUCUAAGCCCUGAGCAGUAUGUAGAAUAUGUGAAAGCACAAGUGUAUGACACAAAGCGUAUAGUGGAGGAACUUUCUGAAGAACUGAAGACCCUUGAUCGUAAAACAUUGCCACUCAAAAGUGCAGGUUCUUCAGAUCAAAGAGAACCUCUGAGGACUACAGAAGCCAUAGAUGAGAAUCAGCAAGAGGAGACUGGAUCUGACUCUCCUCUAGAGACUGAGAACAGUGAAGAUGAAACGGCUGUGAAUCUAGAGCAGGAAAAGACAGAGACGGAUCUCUGGAAUAAAAUAGUCCAACCACAAGGCACAGAAACACAGGCUUCAGAUACUGAUCCUACGGAAGGAACAUUCCCCAGUCUGAGCACUCCAGAUGGAAGAACAGAAGGUUCAUCCAGAACGCUUCGCUAUAGAAUAAUUAGGAAUCCAGAAGACCUGGUGAAGUUUAUCGCAGACUUGAAGAAAACUCCUAAAAAGGAUGAUAAAAGUGAUGCUGAGAAUAAAGAAUUACACAGUGGAGACGAUUCAAACUCUGUGCCUGAUACACAGGAUCCUGAGGAUGAAGAUGAACAGGCCCUCAUGCAGGAGUUUGAGAAGGAAUUGGAAAACAUUCUGCUUCCCAAGUCUGAUGUCUCCCAGAUAAAGGAAAAUGUGAAAACGGAAAUUGAGAAGGAAUUUGGUAACAUUAUUGAUGAGGCUCAGGAAGAGUUGGAGUCUGAAGGGUUGAAGGGCGAGUUUGAUAGAAAACAAGCCUCAAAAUCACUUGCCACAACAUUGAACAAGUUGAUUGAUAAACUGGACAAUACUGCCGUGGAAGAAGAAGAAGAGACACAGGCUGAGAGCAAUGAGUUUACGACAGACGACAGUAUUCCUGCUGCCAAAGUUCCAACUGAUGACCGUUCGGAUGGACGUGUAAAAGUCAGGGUCACAAAGAUACGACGGGGCAGUUCUGAGCAUCCCGAGAGAAAGGAAAUGAGCAGCGAAAACCCACAACUGAGACACAUUGAGAAUGUUGUUAAAGACCUGCUUGAAAAGGAAGGCCUGAAGGCAGAAGGUAAAAUAGAGAUUAAGAUACUUACCGGUGGUUUUGGUGAUGAUGAUGAUGGACACUGGCUUUCAGAAGAGGACACAAGGAACCUGAAAGAUAUUUUUUUCAAUAUAUUGAUACAGGGAUCAGAAGAUGCUCACAAAGAACAGAAGCGACAACAACAGCUUGAGGACAAUUAUCGGUUUGUCUGGAACCAGAAUAAUGACGAUUCGAAGACCACCAGCACCUCCACAGACUCUGAUGAUGUUGACUUCUAACAAGAACGGACAUCCAAAUGAGACUUCGAAUCUUGCCCCGUGGACUCGAGCCUGCUAACAAAUCUUUUGGGAUGAAUGAUGCUUCAAGAAAAUGGUGGUUUGCGAGCCUGGAUGGAUCUGCAGAGGCCUCCGCUUCGCCGGCAAUAGUUUAAAGCAGUGUUAGAUGACUUGCUGGAUGCGUGCAAAGCUCAACUAGGAGAAUAAAAGAAAAUGUGUAUUUAUA